AUGGAUCCAAACAAUAUGGCCGACUUGGACAUUUACGACGUAAUUAUUGACGAUAUUAUGAAUGACACGACUAUAGAAGAUAUGAUGCAGGAGGAGAUGGAGUUUUAUCAACAACAUGCCAACACCGUUAGGCCCAAGCGAACAAGAAAGGUGAUAAAGAGAGAUCGUGAAGCUGGGAACGAGCGGUUGUGGAAGGACUACUUCUCUGAAAAUCCCGUGUACACGGAAGAGCUUUUCCGGCGAAGGUUUCGAAUGCAAAAGCAUGUGUUCCUCAGAAUUGUAGGGGCCCUUAGGUCUCAUAAUCCGUACUUUUUAAUGUCUGUUGAUGAAGUUGGAAGACAAGGCCUGUCACCAUUACAAAAGUGCACCGCCGUUAUUCGUAUGUUGGUGUACGGAUCACCUGCUGACAGUGUUGACGAGUACGUUCGAAUUGGUGAAAGUACUGCAAUUGAGUGCUUAAAUUUUUUUGUAGAAGGUUCUAACAAUGACAUUAAUGUGCUAAAUCAAUCUUCUGUUUUUAAUGAGGUUUUGAGUGGAAAUGCUCCUAUGGUGAACUUUAGCGUGAAUGAAACAAUGUAUAACAUGCGAUACUAUCUAGCAGACGCUUGGUGGAAAGGUUAUUAA